UUCAAAUCAAAAGUUUGGUGGCUGCAAACAUGUGAAUGGGUUACUGGAGCCCUUGCCACUCUCAGUCUCAGUACUACUGUACUGUUGAGUGUUGUUGUUCUAGUUGUUACCAGUGGCGCUUCUCGUCCCCUAUCGUAGCAUUCUGACUUCAGCCCGUCCAGAACCGCCUUCGGGUCUCAUUCGAGCCGGAAUAAUAGACAUACGGCUGUUACGGGUAUAAAUGCAGAGAGAUUGCAGUCUUACUUUCUCCCAAUAGAGAACAGCUUUUGUGUUCUUUAUUUGCCUAUGACUAGUAUGAGCAUUACUCCUGCUGCUCUGCCCGAACACGUAGCUCUGCAGGCUUCACAGAGGGCUGUCUAUUUUACUAGCAGUUUGCAAGACUCAAGAGCUGAGCUACGAAGCACCGUCUAAACAGCCUUUGUCAACAUGACUGGUACGGAGUACAAGGUGGCUAGGUACAAGACAGAUGAAUUUUGGAAGCGUCUGGAGUCGGAAGACCUGGAGGAGCGUCUUGCUACCGUGUGCGAUGCCAAAAAUGCCGUCAUCGGCCUGAUAUGUGCCAAAUGCUAUUUUGUGGAUCGGGGCAUUUACUCGCUCAUGUCGCGCAACAUCCAGGAGUAUUCGCCAGGAGAAGAUGCAGUUACAGCCGACCUGCGUGUUCAAUCCACGUUGGUGAUGGGACUAGUGUGCCAUUCGAUUGAGCAUGCACAGCGUGCAGUUCGCACGGUCAGUAUUGACCUGCUCACCAAGCAGUUGUGUUUAGAAGGGCCGGUUGUGGCAGCCACGUUGUCUAUGCUACACGGCAUGUGCAUAUGCUCGGAAGGCCGCACAGCAGUCAUCCAGCACGCAGCGAACAGCCUGUUUGGUUUCCUGCAGCCGGUGCUACCCAUGGACGACGCGGCGUGUCGUCGGACGGAGCUUGCGGCGCGGAUAUUCGGCAUCUUGUCUAUAGAUCCAGAGUUUUGCAUGCGAAUGCUGCAAAAUGAUGUGCUGAAGCACCUGGUUCGGAUUCUGGAUACCAAGCCAGCCACAUUCCUUACCUAUACCAGUCUACAGUGUGCGGCUAGCACUCUGGCUGGUGUUGUGCCUGCCGGUGCACGGCUUGAAGAUUUCAAGGUUCUUGCAGAAUUCCAUGCGGAAGCGUUGUUCUCCACAGAAAGUCUAAGCUGCUACUUGUCUGAUGUUCAUCACAUCCCCUUCCAAGUGUGCGCUGCCCAGAUCAUGUGCUAUGUUGUGAUGACAACUGCAGCAGGGAUCCAGCCAGGUGCACCGUCUCCUCACCGGGACUUCAUUCGUCAGCGGCUUCUUCCUCUCCUGAGUAGAAUAUCCCUCGCUGAACAGAGUCCCGUCGUCACCCAGCUGGAGUGCCACAGUCUGCACUUGAUCUGUUUACUGAUCCGUUGCUUUCCUGUGGAUGUUGGCGAGGUCGUGUACCAAACUGAAGCGUUAGCACAGAACGUGCUCAAGCGCAUUCACGAUGCCCAGUCGGGUAGAGCCCGCGGCGCUUGCGGUGUGGCAUGGACGUUUGUGGCCAACGCACUGCGCUGCCUGGCCGAGAUGUGUGCAUGCUCGGAGGAGAAUUGCUUGCGUGUCAGCAAGAUGCCCGGUAUACAGGAAUGUGUGCGCAUUUCCCUGGAUAAGCGCUGUGUUAGCAUUCAGGCGAAGGAAUCAUCUAUUCUGCUCAUGCUUGCUUUCUCCAGAGUAGUUGAAGUCUGCCGUUCUCGUCUCGUGGAGAUGAAGGUGUGGGAACCAGUUGCUGAAGUUCUUAAAAAUGCAAGUGAUUACAUGAACAAGGCACCACAUAUCCUUGUUGGUUGCUGCAGGCUUCUUGCUAAUAUCCUGUUACCGUUCUCUGGCAUGCAGGGUCUGGUUGCUAAAGCAGGUGCUCUCUAUGAUAUCAAAGCCAUCAUGAGCAAUCUGGUUAACCAGCCAGACCUUUGUGGCUUACACCGGAACGAGAUUCUGUGCGAGGUGCUGCUCGCGUUUCGCAACGCCAUAUUUCAGAUGGUAUCCGAAGAUCUUCGCUCUGGUUUGACCCCCCUGAUCAUGGCAGGCUUUGCCUGGGAUCUGUUCGUCUUUGUUGAUCCAGAGCGCAGCUUUUCAGAAGAUGUAUGUUUGGCAGCUAUGAAGUUACUGGCACAAGUGGAUAUGGUGGCGCCAAUCGAACUUGAACCUGCCAAAAAUGGCCUGGACAACAUGUACCUUCAUCUGAGGAAAGGACUCGACAAGGGGCCGUGGAAUUCCGUGAUCUGGACUUUGUACGCCUUGAACCAGAUCGUGAAGAGUAGAGGUGUGCAGCAGGAUGGCCUGCUUGGCUCCAACACGGAAAUGCUGCUGCGAGGGAUUCUGGAUUGCCUGAAGCAUCCACGGCACGAAGUUCAGGCUUCAGCUCUCAGAUUGGCCGGCACUAUGCUGAAUGGACAUCAGCUGAGCCCGAGUGCUCGCGAGCGGCUUCAGCAAGCUUUGACUGAGACGACAAGGAACGCUGUCCAGUUUGCAUCGGCCAGCGUGGCUUCUGCGUCUGGCGUAGUCGACGCCCCAGCGCAGCCGAGUCCUGCUCAGCCGCAGUGACAAAUCACCCGAGUCUGUGUGCGUGAAGGCGGUCUGAACGGCUGCACGGUGUGGCCGUGCCAAUGUGCGCGGCAUUCACCUGUGGUCUUAGCAUGUGGAAGUGCUAAAUUACAAUCAGAAUCAGAUCAGCGUAGUGCACCAUCGGACACCAGUUGAGAAGCAACCAAGAUGCUGUAUCUCUGUUCACACUGGUGCAGUUUGAACUAGAUCUCUCUCUUACAUAGAGCCGGUCUCUCCUCUUUACUGAUGACUAGUAGCGUACCGGAAAUUGUACUAUAUCUCGAAAGUCUUGCAACAGACUGUACAGGUGCAACGGAUUGUACAUACCCGAACCGUGGAUGUAAAUGUAUUUGUUCUUGUUCCGCUGCUGCUGCUGCGGCCGCUGCUUUUGUUAUGGAUGUUGUGUCGGUGGCAUUGCUGUCAGUACCAGUGUUGAUGUGAGGAACUGUUUGCUUCGCCCAGUCGUAAGGUGACCAUGCCACUAGUCAGUACUGUGAGCAUUGUGAAUAUAAUUAUAUACAUAGAAUAGCACUGAAGGACAUGCAAUGUAGCAACGCAAUGUAGCUAUCCGAGAGGUGGUGGUAUUUAGGUGGUACAUACAUGUGUGUGUGUGUCGGUGCAUGUACAUAUUUUAAUAUGCUUAUUAUCAUUGUGAUGUGUUUCGUAUCUUGUGCAGUCUGGAUCUCUGUGAUAUAGUCUUUUGGUUAAAUGUGUGCCGCUGCUUUCGAUCUGGCUGUGUAGCAAUAUCGCCCAUUGGCCUAUCGAACUCUGCUGCUACCCUGUGGUGUUUAUCUGUACAUAAUUAUCUUGUGAUCUCAUGCUCUCUCCAUCUACUUGUUGACGUAUCCUGAAACAAUACUCGCUGAAAUUAUGCUGACCAGAAUCAUGGUGUUUGUACAUGUAUAAAACUUGCAUGCAUAUCUUGUGAUCUCGUGCGUGCCUACUUGUAGACGUAUCCUGAAACAAUGCUCGCUGAUUUUUUGCUGGCCAGAAUAAAACUCGCCUCCUGCUUCCAGUAUUUUCAACUCAGAGUACCCUGUGUUUCCUGUCUUGCUGUGUGCACUCAUUGCGAAAGUCGAAGUCUGAUCAUCAAGUCUUGUUUUGUUCUCAGUU